GAAAAUUGAACUCGCGCACGACAAGGCUAUGGACACAAUAAUUGCUCAAAACAGGGCGCUAAUUUGCGGUAAAUGAACAGAUGUUUGCGUCAUAAGCAUGACGGAAAUGAAAUAAUCGAUCUAUUAGUGACGCAAGGAAACGCGGUAAUUUUAUGGCGACUUGUAAUAAUGGAAGACACGAGUGGAAUAGCGUUUAGUAAAACCAUUGAUUAUUUAUUUUUUAGGUUUCACUUCACUGUGAUUACAUAUUAGAUUUCAAAACAUAUAUUAUAUUUACUGAUGACAACCCAGUCUUGAUGCUUUAUCUCAGUUCCAUGCUCUAACAUGCCAGCCGGGCUUGCUAACUAGCUAGCCGAGCUUUUGUUUACCAUCAUGGACAGAGAGGCGUACCGUUACUGCAGCAGCCUGGUCAGCAUCCCCCGGCAGUCCUAUGAGCAGUUCUGGUCCUCACACUUCGUAGACUACAUCGAUAAGGACAUCAACUAUUCGAAAUUUUUAAAGAAAUAUUUACUGCCCAACCGGCCCUGCGUGUUUUCGAGAAAGUUCACAGACAACUGGAAGUGCAGACAGCAGUGGGUAACAGAGGAGGGGAAGCCGAGUUUUCAAAAAUUGCUCCAAGACUUUGAUGAAACUCUAGUUCCUGUUGCAAACUGUAAUGCAAAGGAAUACAAUGCAAACCCCAAACAAGUGAUGCAGUUUAAAGAGUUUAUACACUAUUGGAAGGAAUACGUCCAGAACGGUCACUCAUCCCGGAAAGGAUGUCUUUAUCUGAAAGACUGGCACAUGGCAAGAGACUUUCCUGAACAUGGUGUUUAUUCAACACCAGUAUUCUUCUCCUCUGACUGGCUUAAUGAAUACUGGGAUACACUUGAAGUAGAUGACUAUCGGUUCGUCUAUAUGGGCCCUAAAGGGUCGUGGACCCCGUUCCACGCCGAUGUGUUCCGCUCCUACAGCUGGUCUGCAAACAUCUGCGGCAGAAAGAAGUGGCUCCUGUAUCCUCCGGGUCAGGAGGACUUUUUACGAGACACGCACGGCAACUUACCCUAUGACGUUACAUCGGCUGAGCUCCGUGACAGCGGUCUUUUCCCGCGCUUUGAAGAAGCCUGCCAGCCUCUUGAAAUCAUUCAGGAGGCUGGGGAAAUCAUGUUUGUGCCAAGUGGCUGGCACCAUCAAGUUUAUAAUCUGGAGGACACCAUCUCCAUUAAUCACAACUGGCUAAAUGGCUGCAACAUUGAUAUCAUGUGGCAGUUCCUCCAGAAAGAGCUGUCCUCUGUUCAAAAAGAGAUAGAUGAGUGGAGAAAUACAAUGGACUCAUGGCACCAGCACUGUCAGGUCAUAAUGAAAGCAUGCUCAGGCAUCGAUUACAUAGAAUUUGCAUCUUUCUUGAAAAUCAUUGCCGAAAACCGGAUGGCCUUCCUGAAUGCUUGCACCUCUGGUGAUUCUUCCGACUAUGCACGGCCCCUCUCGGAGACCCUGACCACACUUGGACCUUACCACGCUGCCUUUGACCUACAAAGAGUGGCUAACAUCAUCGAGUGCCUCCUGUGCAACGAGGAUUUCAAACAGCUUGAUCACUCAACACUGACUUUGCAGCCAGAAACCAUGUUACAGCAAAUCCAAGACACCAUACAGUCCACAAGGGGGCAGCAUCUCCUUUAUCAGGAAUAGUUGGCCCCCUGGUUUUAAUAUUAUCUGGUAUUUGCUUGAAAAAUAAAAAAGGUGCCAAUUUUUUUUGCUCCGAGGAAUAUUAUUGAAGCUUGACAUGAUUUGCAGUCAACAAUUUGGCUUCUGAAUGUCUUUGUUUUUGCACUAAAGGUAUAAAAAUAAAAA